AUGGAAUGCGAGUACCGCCGCCUGGCAGACGUUAUCCGUCAAGAAGCCAAAACCCACCCCAGCCCACGCUUCCUCGUCGGCAUAGCAGGCGUCCCCGGGUCAGGCAAGACAACGACCGCCGAAGCGAUCGUCCAACAACUAAACACAGAUCCAAAAUGCCACGCAGCCCUUCUCUCAAUGGACGGGUUCCAUCUCCCACGAGCAACGCUCGAUCAAAUGCCCAAUGCCACAGAGGCCCACAUCCGGCGCGGCGCGCCGUGGACCUUCGACGUCGCUCGGUUCAUUGAAUUCGUCUGUCGACUUCGGACCUGGGCUGAGGAGACACCGUUGGUGCAAUCGUCGUGGCCGGCCUCGCAUGUCAUCCGGGCGCCGACCUUCGAUCACGAAGCCAAGGAUCCCGUUGAGGACGGUCUGGCCAUUACGCCAGACACCUCAAUUAUAAUUAUCGAGGGCAACUAUCUCCUGCUUGAUGAGCCCAUGUGGCGAAAUUUGGCAGAGCUGGUUGAUUACCGGAUAUUUGUUGACACGGAUCUCCAAGAGGCGCGGGAUAGGACUGCUAAGCGGCAUGUGCAGUCUGGGAUUGAAAAGACGCUUGCGGAUGGGUAUAGGAGAGUUGAUAGUAAUGAUUACUUGAAUGGGGUUUCUAUUCGGGAGAAGCUGCUCACGCCGGAUAUGGUUGUGAAGAGUGUCACGGCGGACACUUCGUCUUAG